CGAAUGAUUCAGUCUUCAGACAGUGGUGCUGAUUGAUUACGAGCCGCCAGUGCAGUAGCGGGUGCGCGUGCGCAAGCUCUCGGUGUGUGACUCUUUCUCACUGACCGUGUGGUUAGAGCAAUUAGUUUUUGUUGUUCCGGGACAAACGCGAAAACGGACGGGAAUACACGCAACCGCGUGCUGCAGUUUGUUUUCGUGCGCAGACAGACGACGGUUCAGACGAGGUUCUCGCUCGCGUUUGUCAGUUUACAUCGGCUUCCGGUGUCGAGCGUGUCUACCCAACCGGAAAAGGCGCCGGCGGAAAGUGAGACACACAAAACAAUGAUCAUACAUCUGCAAAGUCACAACAACAAACGGUGAAACUUCGCAUUGAUCGUUGAUGCAGUGACAAAACAUUGUGUAAUCAGAAACAACAACGCGUGACGACGAUACUUAACGAAAGUCCUGCGAGAAAUUACCAUUAGAAAAGGAAGCAACCUAUAAAUUUUUCAAAAGAGUCCUUAUCAGUAGUAGACCAGCUCUAGCAGCCAGCGAUCACAAACCGGUGCCAGGAGUGGUGUUCACGUUGGGAACACAACGCAUCUAGUAGUCUAGUAGAAAGUCCGUUCAGAAGGGAGGAAAAGCUUCUCAAGCAGCUUUCCGUUUCCGGAAGCUUCCGUAAGGGUUAAACCGCAAACCGCGUUCCGCUGCGCAAUCUGCUUGUCUCUGGGGCGAAAGCACCACCGACAGCACCCACCUCCAAAACCCACUUUACAAAACGAUGGCUGUUUUUACGAAACUCUGCCUACCAGAUAUUGUCAAAUUAAAACGCUAGUUAGUAACCGCUGUCUUGUCCAUCUUCGUGCUUGUCGGUGGUCAUUACAAGAAUUUACUAAUUAACGUUUUUAAGGUACAAUAUCUGCAUUCUUGGGUUUUUUCCAUUCUUUUUCGUUCACUCGCACAUUACUUGUACUUGUACUAAUUUAGUUGUUGCUGUUUUGCGUAUACAUUGUCACACCACCUCCGCUACUUAAAGUACGAACAGCAUCUUUGCAUCGAUUGUGAUACUGUUUUGUUUUAUUUUCCUCUUUCCCUGUCUUCUAUUAACUGUUGGCAAGAAAGCAUCGCUUUCUUUCACUUUCAGUCAAUAGCGUGCAUUCUGAAUUGUUGAUCACCUGUUUUUUUAUACAUUUGUGUGUGUGUGUGUGUGUGGAAAAGUCAGCUUCCAUUCUCAUCGCUGAUUCCGUUACUUAACAUACUUUUUUAAAGGUAACUGCUACUUUAAAGUUCACACUCGUAUUAGGCAUUACUAUCAAUACUUAAUAAUUUUAAUAUUAGUAACGCUUCGAGCACAAUCACACUACUACCGUUGUGUGCUGUGUGUGUAUGUGUGUUUAGUGAAAACAAACAAACAACAACAGCGUAACACCAUUGUUUGCGAACGUUGGUGUGAGCUCGUGAGAAAGUGUCGCAUUUUUUGUUCAAGUUUGUCAUCCACUAAUUGCUCUGGACAUCAUCUGGAGUGUGGUGUGUUGUAUAAGAGGCUGGAAUUUACAAAUUACGGAAGCCCUAUUUUUGUGUGAGGGAUUGCUUUUAGCUGUGGUGAAGUAACGGAACCAUCAGCAACACGAACAAACUUGCUGCUAGCGGGUUGAAUAACUUACGAAAAAUCGUACUAGAGAAGACAUCUUCCUUUUGAACGUGAUUUAACAAGACUUGAUACACCACGCCGCAUACCGUCUGAUCGAAUUAAGGCAGAAAGCAAAGCUUUUCGUUGUUUGUUAAAAACCAAUAUCUUGGAUUGUAAUCUUAUUUCUUAUUUGCUUUGUACCGCUUGUACGAGCAAGUAUUUUAGAAGGACAAUUUCUGUUUGUCACUUAGAGAAAAGGUAUUCUCACUAAACACACUCCAAAUUCGGCUGCCUGGUUGGAGCACUGUUAUCCAAAAUCUAGGGCUCAGUUGACGACGUUAAAGCUUCAAUCCUCAACUCUUCCAAUUUGGUCUGGUAGAACACUCUCAAAGUCGAUCGUUUAAGUUCGUCGCCUUAAACAAACCCAAAGCGCAUCUUGUAAAGCGAGCAAAAUGGAUCCUUUUGAUCCCGAUAUUCUGUGGUUGGUGAUCCUGGGCUUUGUAAUAGCGUUUAUUCUGGCAUUUGGUAUUGGUGCUAAUGAUGUUGCUAACUCGUUCGGUACGAGCGUUGGGUCGGGCGUGCUGACCAUACGUCAGGCAUGCUGGUUAGCCACCGUAUGCGAAGUGUCCGGCGCUGUUCUCAUAGGUUACAAGGUGUCCGAUACGAUGCGGAAAGGUAUCCUAGAGGUCGAGAUGUACAAGGGUAGCGAAAUUGAGCUGAUGCUUGGCUGCCUGUCGGCUCUGGGAAGCUCAGCGCUGUGGCUGCUGGUAGCAACGUUCCUUAAAAUGCCCAUCUCCGGCACACACAGCAUUGUUGGAUCGACGAUCGGUUUCAGCCUGGUCGCCCGUGGCACGCAGGGACUCAAGUGGAACACACUGCUCACGAUCGUUGGCUCAUGGUUCAUCUCGCCCGUGCUGAGCGGUUUGGUGAGCGUGCUGUUAUUCUGGAUGAUUCGCAAAUUCAUCCUGAACGCGAAGAACCCUCUGCGGGCCGGACUGUUCUCGUUGCCGCUGUUCUAUGGCACAACCUUGGCUGUGAAUGUCUUUAGCAUCGUGCACGAUGGACCAAAAUUGCUGUACAUGGAUAACAUCCCGCUGUGGGUGGCGCUUGCGGUCAGCAUUACGCUUGGUAUCGUCGUGGCAACGCUGGUACAGCUGUUUAUUGUGCCGUGGCAAAAGCGUAAGAUACUCAACGGCGACAAGACCCAAUUCACGGUCGGCGACUCGGAUGGAGAUUCGUCAUCGAACGGUAGCCCGCGCCGGGCGAAGCGACCGCUCUCUCUGGUGGCCAGCGAUGGUAAACCGCUGCCAGCUAUUACCGAGACAACCGAGCUGGUUUCACUGUCGUCGCAGCAUCAGCAACAGGCCUCACAAAAUGGGUUGGUGAAGAAGCUCUCAAAUGAGCUUUCGCCGGGCGGACCCUACAGCUUCAAUCCGGAGAUUGUAAAGAAGGCAAACAGCUUGCUUGGCGCGCACGACAAAACCAGCUUGGACAACACGGACCUAACGGUGACAAGCCUGAACUACAUCGAUGAGUUGCAAUCGUACCAUGGCAAUGGACGCUUCCAUCUCGGCACGUACUUUGACCGUCGCAACAGUACCAACGUAUCGCCGAAAUCACCCGACUCGGGACAUCUGAUCAAUGGAGGAUUGAAAGAACAACCUACCGUAAUAGCACUGCAGAAUGGCAAAUCACCCACCAGUCCGAAGAGCGACAGUACUCUUCCGAUAACCGACUACACGCUAAUGCCACAGAACGUGCUGCUGAGCAGUACGGAGCAAGACAUCAAAAAGACAGACAUGUGCAAGAUUGAAGCAGCCGCCGGUUUGGAACAUCCGCUCAUCAGUGCAACGCUCUCACCCAACUCGAGCAAAGUGCCAUUGAUUGGUGCGAAGGAAGGCUCCGAGGAGGACAACCGAAGGCAAAAGCCGGUCGAAGAGAGCGAAGACGUGUCAACCCUAUUCUCCUUCCUCCAGGUUCUCACUGCUACGUUUGGUAGCUUUGCGCACGGUGGCAAUGAUGUCAGCAAUGCCAUUGGACCGCUGAUCGCGCUAUUCAUGAUCUAUCGCGAGGGUUCGGUGCUGCAAAAGUCGGAAACGCCACUGUUGAUCCUGUUGUAUGGAGGAUUGGGCAUUUCGGUCGGUCUGUGGCUGUGGGGUCGGCGUGUGAUCGAAACGAUCGGUAAUGAUCUCACCAAGAUUACUCCCUCGACUGGUUUUACCAUCGAAAUCGGUGCCGCCCUGACUGUGCUAAUAGCGUCCAAAAUUGGUCUGCCCAUUUCUACGACUCAUUGUAAGGUGGGUUCAGUUGUGUUUGUUGGGCAGGCGAACUCACGGCCAACGACAGUCGAUAGCGGUAAGCAUGCGCAUCAUGCCGUGACUGCGCAACAGAAAGCGGUUGAUUGGGGGCUGUUCCGAAACAUCGUGUAUGCUUGGGUAGUCACUGUUCCGGUGGCUGCCCUGCUGAGUGCCGGUUUUAUGUUUGCCCUUCGCGCUAUCGUGUUGCCUUAAGAAGUGCGGAAAGGCUUUCGCUCCUACAACCAACAUCAGAACAGCAAUAAUUAAGUGACAGAAAAACAAAAUGCAACCGCGCUACGAAAUCAAGCGAAGAUGGGCAAGAAGUCGGCAGGGCAGCGAAGAAGUCGAUAGGCGAAGACACCAUCCGUAAAUGCUGGACAUGCUGGAGUAAGCAUUGCGCUACAUGCACGUCUGUCACCAGACUCAAUCAAACAAAUGCACAACAGCUAUUGUUACACUCAGCUAGAGAGAAAAAAAAGGAUGAGAGGGGGCUGUUUGCCGUUCCACAUCGAAGGAUACACCUAUUCUUAUCUCCAGAACUUUAGUUACUUAAGCAACCACAUCCUUAAGAUUUAAGUAGUUUUGUACUGCGAUAUAAUAGUUAGUUCAUUCUCAUCUCAGAAUAUGUUUUUCGCGCAACACAACACUAGUCUCCAAAACGAAAAGUUACAGGGUUUUUGGUAUAUACAACACUUGGGGAGAAAGCUUUAUUCAACAAUUGGUAAGCUAGUAAAGACUUGCCUUCUAAUAUGAUUGGAUGAUUGUAAUGAAGCCUUUUUUACCAUUUGCGGAGUACUAGCACAGUAUCGUCAUCAUUCAUUCAUCAGUUAGUUCAAAUUUUCCUAUAAGUUGUGAUUUUAUAAUUUUUCUCACUAGGUAUAGCAGAACAGUUCAAUGCUACGGUAUAUACGCGAAGUGCGCAAGCUCUUACAACAAGCUCAGCAAAGUAAGAAUAUUGCAUACGCGUUGAAUAGGCAGGCGGAAAAUCUGUUGCGGGACAAACAGAUGACAGAGUGGUCGGAUUGUACUAGUUGACAGUUAGUUACUUCAACUGAGGCGUUUGUAUUGAUUGCACAGCCAGCCAGGUAUAUCAAAAGAUACACACCUAACAGCAGCACAUGGCAGGAAACAAAUAUCAGAAAAGCAUGGUAUUGAGGGCGGGAGUAAAAUUCGAUAACAAUUAACAAACAACACAACAAAACCAUAAACAGAUUGUAGAGGUAUUGUAAUUUACUGAUCGUUAGCAGUUAGUAAAUAGCAGCUAAAAAAGCUAGUGUAGAGUGAGAUCUAUGUAGCAUUAUGAGUCGUGCAGAGGAAAGAAAAGAUAAACCUAUACAAAUACCAACCGGCUCAAGCAGAGAGCAUAAAAGUGCCGAAACAGGUGCGGCGGAGUACAUUAAAACAAAACAGUUGAAAUUUUGUUCCGUUUUCCUUUCCUCUUUCCGUGCCCCAGAUGGUACGUGGUGAAAAGAAAUUAUUCAUCUAAAAUUUGAUCAGCUUGAUUUGGAAAUUGGUUGUACGAUUCAAUUUCCAUGCUCCAUCCUUCGGUUUGCUAUGUUAAACCUCUAACUCCCAUCAUUGCAAAUUUGUCAAUUGUGAUCAUAGUUCAUCCUAACGUCGGAGGGUGAUCGUGGGCUGAAUACAAUAAUCGGAACCUCAUCUCAUACACUAAUACCAUUAAAACGCGGCGCAAAUCAUUUAAACCUCUCACUCGUCAACCAUUGACAAUGCUAAUGCUGCCAAAUUGUUGCUUUUGUUUUCACUGAUACCAUACACUAUACACUAAAGCUCAACGUUACUCGAACGCCAAAUUAUAUCAAAUGUCGCAACAGUCGAUUGCGAUCGAGUUAGCUACCCGGACCUAUAGGCUGCAAAUGUCGGGCUACACUGUGACAGUUGACCCUAGUGUGGUGGAGAAGACACAAAGCCGAUAAAAACAGCUCGAGGAUCGAUCUCCAUAGGAAGCUAGUAGUUGGUGUACUUGUUUAGGUUGUAAAAUCCGAUCGCUUCCGCAGCCAAACCAUCCUGGGCGCUAUAUUGUACCGUAGAUUCCGUCCUCGAGGAAUCCGUGUGAAAGCAACCAAACAAACAAACGUAGUUGUAACUGCAUAGUAGUUCAUACGAACAAUCUGUCUGCAAAACCGUCAGCCUCUACUUAUAAAACCGUUAGCAUUGCUACACUGAUCCCAAGGAGAAAAACGUCGAUAAACCCAAAAGGUGAAAAGCUCAGCGAAUUGCGCAUCAGAUGUAAAAGUCUAAAAAUCUACACGGCCCCCUAGCAUCCUACAAGAGAAGGCAAGUCGAUCCAACGCAAAAGAAAAGAUACAAUUUCAAACCAAUAUUAGCCAAUGUGAUUAUACAAAAAAAGAGAAAAAAAAAACUCACCGUAAUAGUUAACACACGGCGGUCCUUCGCAUCGCCGUGUGUAUCGAUGUGUGUAUUGUUACUGAGUAAAGUGGUGAGUGUGAAGCCGGUGGUGCUAAAACAAAACAAAAAACAGACAAACUAACUAACACAUUAGUUCCCUGCCACCUCCUUGUCAUUAGACCGUUGUUAAACAUAUUACAUGUUGAAUUGAGGAUGCAAUUCCUGGAUAGCUGCUAUGCAGUCUUCAUCCUAAUGCAAUGUUAGUUGAAGAAAACAUUUGUCGUUUA